GCUUCCUCCAGGGAAAACGAAACCUAGAAGAGGGUGGGGUGUUGCAAUCUCUUGCAGGCUCUUGUGACUGUGUAGACAUUCUGUGUGUGCAAUUUUAUUGGCUUCCUGUACAUGAAUAUGGUCCAGACAUAGCUUAUGACUCAGAUUCACUGAAGAACUGGAAUCGAAAGAGUGAGAGGAAAAAAGGGAGGGAAGGAAGGAGGUUUAGUUGUUGUAUGUUUUUCGGGAAGUCUCUAGAGCUGUCCACCAAAUAGGUGUGAUACUGCCAUUAAUGUUGGCUGACCUUUGCUCAAUCUUCUGUCAGUUUCUGUGAUGAAAUGCACCAUCGUGACAACCUCUGCCAGCUUUUCCUGGGAUCUUCAGAAAUUUUCUGUUCUUCAAUAGCCAACUCUAUGGAAACAGUUCAGGCUGUCAAGGAACAGAUACAACUCUAGAUCAGCUGAAAUGGCUUCCGUCCGAGAAGUGUCUGGGAUUACUGAAGACCUACUCUGCCCAAUCUGCCUCUCCAUCUUCCAAGACCCUCGGAUGCUGUUUUGUGGCCACAAUUUCUGCCUUUCUUGCUUGGAGAGCUGUGUCAUUGCCAAGGGGCAGCAUCAGGGAACGUGCCCUGAGUGCCGAGAUCCCUUCAACCUCCAAGAUGCCGUUCACAACCGCGUCUUGGCCAACUUGUCUGAGAAAGCACGGCUCCUCAAGUUGGAGGCAGGGUGCCAGUCUGGUGUGACUGGGAGCUGGCAUAUUUGUGAAGAACAUGAGGAGCCCCUCAAACUCUUCUGCAGCCAGGAUGAGGGCCCAGUCUGUGUGAUCUGCCGGGAUCUACCUCAGCAUCAAGGGCACAACUUUUUGCCUAUCAAGAAUGCUGUGAACAGUUAUCGGGAGAAACUGAAGGCAUCUCUGGGGCCUCUGAAGGAUAGGGUGAAGUGGGCCACAAAUCAUCAGUCCUAUCAACAGGAGACAAUGGAAGAACUCGAGGAUCUAACUCAAAAUCUGUAUGGCUUGAUCUUCAUUGCAUUUGAAGAACUACGUGAAAUCCUGAAUGAGAGAGAGCAAGACAUGAUGGAAACUGUGAAACAGAUGAAGGAGGACAACCUAGCAGCAAUGGAAAGGAAUGUGGAGUAUUUGAAGGAACAUGAGUCGUCCCACGAAGAGUCAGUUUCCAGCAUCCAAGCUGCAUUGGAGGAACCCAAUGAAUUUGCUUUCCUGAAGGAAACAAAGGAACUGAUGGCAAGAAUCUCAGAUCACCUUAGAGAAAAGAAUGAAGAAAGAGGAAGCAAAGCAGCUGAAGAAGGCCAGAUGUUCAUUGAGGGUGAAGAGAGUGAAGAUGAACAUCGAGACCUGAGUGAAAAUAAGGCUGAAGAAAACAAGGAGUACAAAGCCAUAGAUGACAAGGCGGAAGCUUAUGGAGAAGCUCAAGAUGUUAUGGAAGAUAAAGAUGCAGCGAUUGUAGAUGUAGAUCCAGCCCUCAAAGAAUUAGAAAAAUUACUUGACUUUGAGAACUUGAAGGACAUGUUGAAAAGCAUCAGCAUUGAGGAGAUGUUUGUCCCAGGCUCCCCUUACUGUUCCCCACCCUUAGAGGAAGAUGUUCUCACUUCUGAAUAUAGCAACAUAAUUGAGGAAGGUGAGGAAAAAGAGACAACAGUGGCUGAGGAACCAGAUAAUACCGCAGAAGUCAUGACUGCAGCUCCAGGAAUGAGCUCCCUUGCUGAACAGACACCCCUGCCAAGAAGUGUCUCCAGUGCAGCUCCAAACGUGGGAGGAGCCCUUAAUAGGCCACUCUUUCACUCACCCAUUUUCCCAAUGCCUCCCUUCCAAUCAUUGCCUCCCUAUGGUAAUAAUCCCAUGCGAGGAUGGGGGAAUGUACGUUGCUGGAGACCUCUUCCCAUGUGGUCUUGUGGCAUCGUUCCACACGGCAGAGGAACCUCACAGAGGCAGCCAUUUUACUCUAGCUUUGCACAAGGCAGAGGAAAUAGUCCAAACAGACGAGGAUCCCAACCUAGCGUAGGCUUGUUCCCAACCUAUUCACAACAGAGUAGCUGGAAAUAUCAAAGGAGAGAGCCAAACCAACCUGGAGGAGAUCAAGGUGGGAGGCAAGGACAGAGUGGUUUCAAUAAACAGAGGCCCCAACCCAGUGGUGGGAGCCAAAGUGGAGUGGGGUCCAUAAAGAAUGAGACACACAAACCCAAGCAGGUUCAUGUCUCAAGGAAAGGAGAAGAUCAGAAGAGUCCCCAGUUCAGUGUGGGUACUAGCUCAGGUCAAAGCAGAGAGCCAUCCAAGCCCAAAGGUGGUCCCCCGCCUGGACAAGGAGGUUCAGGACAAGGACGAAAGUCUGGGAAGAAAAGGGGUGGAGCAUCCUCAGGAAGCCAGGCAUCUCACCCUGGAGGCCGUGGGGGCAGUCAUGGCUCUAGUUCAGCAAAGCGUCCUUAGAACAAAUUGCCAUUUCUUACCCAUUUCCCUUAGAAGUGGCUCACCAGAAUGCAGAGAGAAGGGACUUUCCUAAGAAACAGGGGCUCCUUCCACACAGACAAAUAAAAUCCCACAUUAUCUGCUUUGAGCUGGAAUAUAUGGCCGUGUAGACUCAGAUAACCCAGUUCAAAGCAGAUAUUCUGGGAUUUUCUGCCUUGAUAUUCUGGGAUAUGGGGCUAUGUUGAAGGGCCCUGGGUGGUGUCGCAAAAGAAUGGCCUUCAGUGAUUAGUUUUUCAAAGAAAAGUAGAACUGGAAAUAUUUUAGUGCUCAUAAUACAGUAGAGUCUCACGUAUCCAAGGUAAACAGGCCAGCAGAAGCUUGGAUAAGCGAAUAUCUUGGAUAAUGAGGGAUUAAGGAAAAGCCUAUUAAACAUCAAAUUAAGUUAUGAUUUUACAAAUUAAGCACCAAAACAUCAUGUUAUACAAAAAAAAUUGACAGAAAAGGUAGUUCAAUACGCAGUAAUGUUAUGUUGUAAUUACUGUAUUUACGAAUUUAGCACCAAAAUAUCACGAUAUAUUGAA